AUGGUGCAAAUACUACUACCGCUACUUUUCGAGAUAUUCACUGAAACUACGAAAACACAAACACGUUUAUUGUGUUUGGAAGCUAUACAACGAAUGAUAUAUUAUUCAAGUCCCUUAUUGUUAGCAAAAGUUAUUCAUCCACGAUUGAUUUGCAGUCAUAUUGCUGGUAUGCUCAAUAGUCCUGAAAAACGUGUUAUCUUAAUGGCUUUGCAAAUAUCUUUGAUGCUUCUUGAUCGAAUUCCGUUUGUAUUCGCUACACAUUUUCGGAAAGAAGGUAUUUUACAUCGCAUUGACCAACUAAUGUUACGUUUAACCAAAAUUGACUCGACUAAUUCACAAUAUAGAUCUAGUGAUAAUGAUAUUACUCUGAAACGUGAACUAAUUUCCAAUAAAUCUGUCUCGAAAGCAUCGAAUUUGUCAAGUGAUUCAAGUAACAUAGCAUAUGUACCAGGUGAUAACUACACCAGUGGCCGGUCUACAAAUAGUCAUUCUUGUCGUUCCGAAGAGCAUAAGUCUAAACGCCGGUCACUUUCAGUUAACCCUUCUGGACAUCGUUCAGAGCCUCAUAUGGAAGGAAACAAUACGUACAACCAGUCUGUUUUACUUGAUUUGGCCACACCAUCCAGUCAGUCAGCACAGACGAGUUCGAAUAUGAGUACGAGUCAUCAGAUAAAGCGCCAUACAGCAGAAAUAUCCGAUCCAUCGAAUCAUCCUCACAUAGCAGAUUCUCCACUCUUUUCAUUAAAUGAAAGAGAUCCUUUGCUCAAGUCUAUCUGUUUUGUUUGUGAGAGCUUACAAGCACGUAUUCAAGUUUUGUUGAAAUCUCUGGAAUCCCACGCUGAUGUUCAAAAAAUUGAUCAUGAUGAAGAAAAUAAAGCUGGUUUCUCAUCUUGUGAUCCUGUAUAUCAUGAUCUCAUUGAUUUAAUGCCCAUUCUAAAAGGUAUCGCUCAUCAGUUAACUUCUGAUGCUCCAAAUCUGUGGAUUCGAGGUUUAAAUCAGUUGAUAGGCUUAUUUAACCCUGGGAAAAAAACAUCAGAGAUUAGUGAACCACCAUCACCGUUUGAGUUACAAGAAAGUGGUGUAACAAAUGCACUGUUGAACUUCCUUACGUUGCCUGACAAUCGUGAAAUUCGUUUGUGGAUAAUGUUUAGGAUGUUUCUUGGUUGUCGGGCUACUUCGUCUAUUCGGUUCAGUCCAGCACUGAAUUGGGAGAGUAUAAAUGGACGCAAAUGGAAUGGAUACAAAAAUUGGUUCAAUCUUUUGUCAAUUAUACCAGAUUUGUUUCUAUCUGACUAUAAUAAGAUGGGCCAGUUAAGUUUGAUUGAAUGUCAUCUGAAUUCAGAAUUAAAACACGAGGCUGAUAAUCCAUCUCGUGGAGUAGAAGCCUUUGGAGCACUGAUAGAGUGUCUUUUAGCCUACUUACACCGACAUGAACAUUUUCAGGUUCAUACAAUUCCAUCUGUGUUAUCUCCAAGUGAUGAAUGGUUAUCAUUACUUGGAAGGGCACUACCAAGAAAUAUCAGUAGUUCUGAUAUUAAGGAUGUCGUUGGAGUCCAUCUUGAGAACACCAUAGUAUCACCUUCUUGUUCUAACGGUAGUUACAAGUCAUUGUCAACACACCAACACAAUGUCCCAAAAAAUAUUGCAGUUAACUGCUCCAGUCGAUCAUCCAAUAAGCUGACUAAUUCACGAAUAUCAGGUAUGAAAACGUCAGCUAAAACAUCGCGUUCAUCACCUAGUAAUUGCGUUAAUAGUACUGAUCCCAUGAAUUCCAAAUGGCUGUCAACAAAUGUAGAAUCAAAAUUUUUAACUCAUCAUUCUUUUGUGCCGUCUUCACGAUCUGUUCAGCUGACAGCUCCUACUCCAGGAAUAUUGCGUAUUGAACUUCAUCGUAUAUACGAAACAGACAACUCACCGUACGAAGAAACUUCAUCUGCAAAUCAUUUCAACAGUUCAUCUGUUUCUGUAUCUAAUGCUAAAAGUGGUCGCAAGUCCUCUAUGUCUUCGACAUCUUCUAGUCACUCAGCAAACACAUCCUUCUCAUUAAAAACAGAACCAUGUUCUUCUCUACCCCAUUUCUUGCCACUUCGUAUUACUGCUUUGGCAACUAUACAGAAUGUCGAACGAUUGCUUUUACAACGCAACUACGUGAACAGUGUACUACAAGAGAGUGGUUUUUCCCAUCACUCUGAUCAUAAUUUCUCAGGUCUUCAGGAAACAUUUAUUGAUCGUCUUCCAGAUGAGGACAUAUGCAGUUCACCACAAUCUCAUCUUAUUGAUGAAGUGACAGACGAUGACGACGAUGAAGAUAUGGAUCCACAUGCUCACUCAUUUUUACGAGAAUUGGGAUCCAUCGAAGAGACUUUUAAACGUCGAUUGGAUAGUCAACUUCCCGACAAGUACUUGCGAACUACUUCUACUACCAUCGCUGCAAGCCACAGAAAAGCUGCAACAUCUGAACGUCGAACUAGAAAUCAGUCUAGUCAAAUCCCCAAACCGUCUGUUCUACUUGCUAACCAGAAUAUCAUCUCCUCUCCUUGUCCUGCCGUUCAUAUACAACCAGCAGUCACUAAGUCUUCAAGAUAUGCAAAGUCGGAGAUCUACUCUAAACAUUUAUCAUUAUUGGCGCAUGUUUCUCCUGAUAAUGUAAUUCAUGAACAAGGCACUGCCCAUUAUCAUACAACAGCUACAAAUGCUAAUGUUCACCUAGCACCUCAAGUAUGUUGUUCACAAGCAACAAACUCUUCGAAAGUAUCUGUUUCUACAUCUAGUUCUCUUCAAAGAGGAUUACGUAGCUUACUUCAGCGUAGCUCAGAAAUUUUACCCCUGAUGUCUCGAAGUGGAAUUGAAAAAGCUAACCUGCAUAGUUUUCAUUCGUCAGAAAGUUCCAGUACUUCUGUGGUUAAGAAGACUGAUUCACACGGUCUACGUAGACGUUCAACUACCAGUGCAACAAUUUCUGAUACGUUCAACUCUACACCCACCAAUACCUCUAUUUCACUGACUACUCCUGAACGAGUAGUUACACCAUUUUCACACUUCUUGCGUUCCGUUGCAAAUCCGUUGGCAGCAGAUGAUAGUUCAAAUAUGGAUACAUCUGUAAUUUCUAGAAGACGUAAGUCAAAAACAGCCAUUCAGAAGGAAUCCGACGUAGAUAUUAAUGCCACAAAUUCCGAAGCGUCUGUUUGUAUCUCCAAGCCUAUUUCUUCUGCUCAACUCCCAAGUAGAUACAGACGACUAAAAAGUGGAUCUCUUUUGACAGCUCUUGGUGUCUUAGCUAGUGGUUCAGCAACUGCGAAUACAACAUCAAUUCGUAAAGGUCCAAUUCGUCGAGGUGGCAGUGGUGGGGUAUAUAAUUCCCAUACACCACAAACCCGUUCUUUAAAAGAUGCCGUAUCACCUUCUUUGUCAUCUACAUCAAACACUUCCUCCUUAUUGGGAAGUGAAGACAGCUUUAUUUACCACAGUAAAUUGAAACCGAUAAUUACGUUUUUUGUGGGUGGUCAUCGUCUUCCUCCAGAUAUUCCAUUAUAUGAAGCAGUUCGCAAAUUUAGUCCAGAUAUUUUAUCUUACUCAUCGGCUGUUAGUUCAGUUUCAAAUGAUUCUGGCUGUAGAAACGAAACCCUGAAUAUUUCUGAACAGUUGUCCUUAACACAAGCUGAAAAAGAAGGUUUGAUCGGUCAUCUUAUUUGGAGUCUUACUCACGUUAUUGAGUACCGAGUUACUUAUCAAUCUCCAGCCCAUGAUCCUGUCAGUGCUCAUUCACGUAGACAACAUAGCACUUCUGUUUCUACAGUUCCUGGAUAUUCCUUAUCUCCAUCUUCAGCUUCGUCGUCACCUAAAGGUAUCAGUGAUACUGGAUUUGUCAAUAUAGCGCCAUUAUUUCCUACUGGACUUAAUAUUAGUGCUGCAAUAACUUGUUUCAAGCAUCGACGUCCAAACGAAAUUGAUGCUGAGCAUGUGGACAGUUCUGAUAAAUGUCCUGCUCCAAAUGUAAAUCAUCAAGUUACAGAAACAUCUUCAUCACUCCAGAAACAUAUCACUUCAUGCGGUCAGAUAUGUGAUGUAGCUCAAAAUCCUUUGUUUGAUUAUCUUAUCAAUGAUUUACCUGAAGGUUUUCUAACCGAUGUUCGAUGUGAUUGUAGCGUUGCUACUCCUCAGUUGAGGUGUCCAUUGAAUGCAGAAAUACUGAAUUUAAAGAAUUUUUCAAGUGAUCAUUUAUCAAGCACACUUUCUUUACUGCGUGUACUAAACAGCAUCAGUCGGUUAUGGUAUACAGUUCAUAAUGCUUUGGAUCCCUUUCCUAUUUAUCCCCUACAUUCAUUCCAAAGUCAAAAACUUGCUGUCAAAGCUAAGCGCCAAUUGCAAGAUAUUUUCAGUGUACUAGCCGGCAAUCUACCCGCCUGGUUAAUUCACUUGAUAUCUGUUUGCCCAUUCUUGUUUCCUUUCGAAAUUCGAAGGACAUUCUUCUAUGCUUAUAAUUUCGAUCGAAACCGAGCACUUCUGAAGUUUCAGGACUUGACAAGUUCAUUAACUUCUGAUACUGACCAAAGUCGUGAACAAAUGACAACGAGAAGUCCUACACCACUGUCGUCGCAAAAUGUUAAUCAUGUUCCAGUUACGUUUAUUCCAAAUUUCCAUGGCAACGCAACAGGUUUUGUCGGUACCAGCGCAUCAUCUAAUUUAGCUCCUCUAAGUGCAUUAUCCCAGUCUUCAUUUGGCGCACAAUUACUAGCUUUAAAUUCUGCAGUAUCUUCUUCAUCUCAAGAUAAUAACAGGUUAGACAGCAGUAGAAACCAUCCUGGAACACGUGGAGGAUAUCACUUACGUUUAGCCUUGUCACCGAAUUUCCGUCGACGUAAAGUUACAGUUAACCGGGAUGAGAAACGUCUGUUAAAACAGGCGGAAAUGACGUUGAAUGAAAUGGGUGAUUCACGUGCUGUCUUAGAAAUUGCUUUUGAGGGUGAAGUAGGAUUUGGUCUUGGUCCAACAUUAGAAUUUUAUACAUUAAUAAGCCGAUUGUUGAUGAAAUCAAAUCUCAAUCUUUGGCAUGGUUGUGAAUCUACUUCAGAUGGAUAUUUGAUAUCUCCACCCCCUGGACUUUAUCCUCGUCCAUUCUCUAGACAAACAAAGUCGUCUGUUAUACGAGAGGUGUGCAUGAAAUUCAAUUUUCUUGGUCGCAUAUUAGCCAGAGCCUUGCUAGACUGGCGAAGAUUGGAUUUACCUUUUUCACCAGCAUUUUUCAAAUGGUUUUUAGCACCCACUGCUCAGGAUGCCGUUAGUAAAGGUCAUAUAUCACCAAGUGAUUUACCGUUGGUUGACCCGGAUUUAAGUCGACAUAUAAGGCAACUAACGGAAUUGGUUAAUCGUCGUCAAGCUUUAUGUCGUCAGUUAUCCAAUAUGGAUUUGAAUAUCUCUCCUAGUUCUCUUGGAAUUCACAGUGCUACAGCAAUUAAAAGUUCACAUCAUUCGCAGAAGGUGGAUUCAAUCAAAGCUUCUUUGUUAAUGCUGGAUAAUGAAGUCGAUGAUUUGUGUUUAAAUUUUACGCUUCCUGGAUAUGAGGUUGAGUUAGUUAAAAAUGGUGCACACAUUAACGUCACUGGUUCUAAUCUUAGUUGUUAUCUACGCUUGGUUGCUCACUGGUUAGUUAUUGAAGGUGCUGGUCGUCAAAUGGAAGCAGUUUUGAAAGGUUUCGAUUCAGUACUGCCAAAUAUCCGUUCACGAUUGACCUCAAUAUUUCAACCGGAUGAAAUGGAAAAUUUAUUCUGUGGGGAAUCAUCUGCCAGAUUUGAAUCGUUUUCAGUUGAUCAGAAUGGUGAUAUGAAACCUAUAAAAUUGAAUAAGAAUAAUUUAAUCCCAGAUGAAGAAGGCUGGGAUGUACAGAGUUUAUCUCAGUCAUGCUGUUGUGAUCAUGGCUACACACCUCAGUCUCGUGCUAUUCGUUUUCUUUUUGAAAUAAUGUCUGAAUUCAAUGCACAACAACGUCGACUAUUUGUACAAUUUGUUACGGGUAGUCCUCGUUUACCUGUUGGUGGUUUUCGUGCAUUGAAACCACCUUUAAAAAUUGUUAUGAAACGCGAGACAGGUGAAAAUGCUGACAACCAUUUGCCUUCUGUGAUGACAUGUCAAAAUUAUCUAAAACUUCCAGACUAUUCAUCCAAAGAGCUGAUGCUUUCCAAGCUACUUUAUGCAAUCAAUGAAGGUCAGAAUGCCUUUCAUCUCUCCUAG